AUGAGGCACGCACCCGCCCUUGCCCUGCUUCUGGAGGCAGCUUGCUUCUUCUCUGGCGCGCAGUCAGAGUCUUCUCCACGUGUCCUCGACAAGAAGCAGGAUGUUACCUACGAGGGGCUUGACCGCGCGGGCGUUGAGGUUUUCCUGAACAUCCCGUAUGGGCAGGACACUGGUGGCGCGAACCGCUUCAAGCCGCCGAGACUGCAUGUGCCCGAGCAUGGGACCGUUAUCAAGGCGCGGUCCUACGGCCCCGCAUGCCCGCAGCAGACGGGCGUCUGGUCUGGGCCGCUGUCCUUGUCGCCCGUGAACGACAUCUCGGAGGACUGUCUCAACUUGAACAUUGCACGGCCCAAGGGCACGCUGCCUGACAGUCACCUGCCUGUCAUUGUCUGGAUUCACGGCGGGAGCUUCUGGACGGGGAUGAACGCCGAGAUCACGACCAGGCCCGACGGGAUGAUCCUGCAGUCGGUUGAAAAUGGAACGCCGAUCAUUCACGUUGCGAUGAACUAUCGCCUGGGAUUCUUUGGCUUUGCGCAGUCUGACGCACUCGAGUCCGAGGGCUCGGAGAACGCUGGCCUGCGGGAUCAGCGCUUGGCGAUCGAAUGGGUGCGUGACAACAUUGCCAAUUUUGGCGGCGACCCUGAAAGGAUUACCAUCUUUGGGCAGUCUUCGGGUGGCCUUGCGGUUGGCGCCCAGAUCCUUGCCUAUGGCGGCAGCAAGCCGGUGCCAUUCCAGCAGGGGAUCUGCGAGAGCCAGGCGCUGGAGCCGGGCAUCACGGGCAACUUUACGAUCGACGCCAUGCAGGCGCUGGUGGACUACGUCGGGUGCAACUCGAGCAGCCUGCACUCGGCCGAGACGGUCGCCUGCCUCCGGGGCUUCGACAUGGCCUCGCUGCUGAACGCCUCGCUGGCGACCUACGUCGGCGACAUCGCCCACAACAUCGGCGACGUCUGGCUGCCCGCCGUCGACGGCGACUUCCUGCCCGCCGCGCCGUCGGCGCUCGUCCGCGAGCGCCGCUUCGCCAACGUGACGGCCAUGAUCGGCUGGUGCGACAACGACGUCGUCUACUACACCGACUUCGCCAUCAAGACGGCGCAGGACACGCGGGCCUUUGUCGCCAGCUACGUGCCGGGGCUCACCCCGCGGCACGUCGACGAGCUGCUGGCGCUCUACCCCGUGGGCGACUUCGCGGCCGACGAGGCGGCGGGCCUGUCGGCCGAGUUCUACCGCGCCGCGCGCGUCUUCCGCGACAUCAUCAUGACGUGCCAGCCCAUGUGGCUCGGCGAGAACAUGGCGGCCGCCGGCAGCGACGUCUUCCUGUACGACUGGAACCAGACGAUCCUGGACCUGCCCAUCGCCGCCGUCUCGAACCGCACGGGCCUCGGCCCCGUGCACACGUCCGAGUUCGCCUACGUGUUCGGCAACCUGUCGCACUACGACACCAACGGGUACCCCUUCGCGCCGACGCCGGCCGACUACGCGCUCGAGAGGCGCGGCGCGCGGUCGUGGGCGACCUUCGCGGCGACGGGCAGGCCGUCGCUCGAGGGCCACGACACGUUCCGCGGGUUCGGGCCCGCCUUCCCCCCGGCGGCGAAGACGACGACGACGACGACGACGUGCCGCAAGGACGCGUUCGUCUUCGUCGUGGGCGGGCCGCACGAGGGGCUGGCCGCGCUGGACGGGCCCAAGUCGACGCCCGCGAUCAGGGCGCAGAAGCUCCGGGAGCGGUGUGCCUUUAUCAAUUCGCCCGAGAUCAUUGCUGAGCUGCAGUACUGA